AUGCUAUCCGAGUUGAGGAUUUUGUUUUGCUUCACAAACAAGAAGGUCAUUUAUAUCCAAUUAGCUUUUAACCCUACUGAAGUCGAGUACUUCUCUUCAUAUACAGGAAGAAAAGUUGAAGAUUUUCUUCAUUCCAAACAGAAAAAACAAUUGCACCCAAAUUUACUUUCCCUUCGUCGCAGGCAGGAAGACAAUUGCUACCCUGGUCGUCUUUUUCUCUUCCCUGACAGGACGACAAUGGCUAGCCAAAUUGAAGAUGUUUCUCUUUCUAAACAGAAACACAGAUGUUCGUUUCUUUCAUUCUUUCUUUUAAUUCUUUCAUUCAUUCUUUUAAUUCUUUUAUUCUUUAUUUUUAUUCUUACUUUCAUAAAUUCUUUUGAUUUGUUCUUUCAUUCUUUUUUCAGCGUUUCUUUCAUUCUUUCUUUUAAUUCUUUCAUUCUUUAUUUUUAUUCUUUUAUUCUUUAUUUUUAUUCUUUUUUCAUAAAUUCUUUUGAUUUGUUCUUUCAUUCUUUUUUCAGCCGUUUCUUUCAUUCUUUUUUUAAUUCUUUCAUUCAUUUUUUUAAUUUUUUAUUCUUUAUUUUUAUUCUUACUUUCAUAAAUUCUUUUGAUUUGUUCUUUCAUUUUUUUUCAGCGUUUCUUUCAUUCUUUCUUUUACUUCUUUCAUUAUUUAUUUUUAUUCCUUUAUUCUUUAUUUUUAUUCUUACUUUCAUAAAUUCUUUUGAUUUGUUCUUUCAUUCUUUUUUCAGCGUUUUUUCAUUCUUUCUUUUAAUUCUUUCAUUCAUUCUUUUAAAUCUUUUAUUCUUUAUUUUUAUUCUUACUUUCAUAAAUUCUUUUGAUUUGUUCUUUCAUUCUUUUUUUCAGCCGUUUCUUUCAUUCUUUCUUUUAAUUCUUUCAUUUUUUUUUUUUAAUUCUUUUAUUCUUUAUUUUAUUCUUACUUUCAUAAAUUCUUUUGAUUUGUUCUUUCAUUUUUUUUUUUUCAGCGUUUCUUUCAUUCUUUCUUUUAAUUCUUUCAUUCAUUUUUUUAAUUAUUUUUUAUUUUUAUUUUUAUUCUUACUUUCACAAAUUCUUUUGAUUUCGUUUCUUUCAUUCUUUUUUUUAAUUCUUUCAUUCAUUCUUUUAAUUCUUUUAUUCUUUAUUUUUUUUUUUCUUACUUUCAUAAAUUCUUUUGAUUUCGUUUCUUUCAUUCUUUCUUUUAAUUUUUUCAUUCUUUUUUUUUUAUUCUUUUAUUCUUUUUUUUUUUAUUCUUUUUUUUUAAAUUCUUUUGAUUUGUUCUUUCAUUCUUUUUUCAGCGUUUCUUUCAUUCUUUCUUUCUUUUUUUUCAUUCAUUCUUUUAAUUUUUUUUAUUUUUUAUUUUUAUUCUUUCAAAAUAGUUUUUUUCAGCGUUUUUAUUUUUCAUUCUUUCUUUUUAAUUCUUUCAUUCAUUCUUUUAAUUCUUUUAUUCUUUAUUUUUAUUCUUAUUUUUUCAUAAAUUCUUUUGAUUUGUUCUUUCAUUCUUUUUUCACGUUUUUUUCAUUCUUUCUUUUAAUUCUUUCAUUCAUUCUUUUAAUUCUUUUUAUUCUUUAUUUUUAUUCUUACUUUUUAAAUUUUUUGAUUUGUUCUUUCAUUCUUUUUCAGCCGUUUCUUUCAUUCUUUCUUUUAAUUCUUUCAUUAUUUAUUUUUAUUCUUUUAUUCUUUAUUUUUAUUCUUACUUUCAUAAAUUCUUUUGAUUUGUUCUUUCAUUCUUUUUUCAGCGUUUCUUUCAUUCUUUCUUUUAAUUCUUUCAUUCAUUCUUUUAAUUCUUUUAUUCUUUAUUUUUAUUCUUACUUUCAUAAAUUCUUUUGA